CAGAAAUGCUGGGGACACUAAAGGUACCAUUGGCGAUCAUACACCUCAAAUGUCUAUUCAAGGCAGAGGACCAUAACAAAGAUGGAUUGAUCGAUUUAGAAGGUUUUAAAUCCAUUUAUAAGGCUUUAAUACAGCGGAAGGAGUUGGCAGAUGUUUAUAAAGGACUCGUCGGUGGUUACAAAGCUCUCUCUGCAGCCCAGUUCCUGAACUUCAUCCGAAAAGACUUGUCUGAGUUUAGCGUCACGCCGGAAGCAGCGUUGGAUCUCAUUGCAAAGUAUGAGCCCGUUAGUAAAGCCAAGAAGGACCAGUGUAUGACAUUCGAAGGAUUUGCGAGGUUUAUGAAUUCACCGGAUAACUAUGUGUUUGUGAAGGAUCGUGUUACCGUUUACCAGGAUAUGACCCAGCCAUUGUGUGAUUACUUUAUUUCCACCUCCCACAAUACAUACCUAAUAUCGGACCAGCUGGUUGGGAAGAGCCACCUAUGGGCCUAUCAAAGCGCCCUGAUGAAAGGAUGCCGCUGCGUGGAAAUCGAUUGUUGGGACGGACCUGACGGGGAACCUAUGGUGUAUCACGGACACACAUUAACAAGCAAACUCCUCUUUAAAACGGUCAUCUAUGUUAUAGACAAAUGCGCCUUUUUGGUGUCGCCCUACCCACUGAUCCUGUCGCUGGAAAAUCACUGCUCCCCCAAACAGCAGGAGGCCAUGGCGUUUUAUUUAAAAUCCAUUUUAGGAGACAAGCUACUCACCAUGCCUGUUGGAAAUUCAUUUUCAAGUCAACUGCCAUCUCCCGAGGACCUUAAAUUUAAAAUUUUGAUUAAAAAUAAGAAAAUUGGAGAGCUUGAAGGCACCAUCCUUAGUUACGGAAUGAACAAAAGUGGUCAGACUGGGGAUUGCAUUGAGGACAUUGAGGACAUUUGUGCUAAUGAAGAAACUCCAUCAAACUCUGCCAAAAAACUUUUUACAUUUAAAUUUAACAUCUUUAAAAGAAAAGAAGAAUCAAAAAGCAAAAAGGUUCAAAAUACAGAAAAGGAGACUCUGGCUCCGGAACUGUCUGACCUGGUGAUUUACACCAAAUCUGUCGCGUUUCGCAGCUUUCAACAUUCAACGAGAAACCAGAAAUUCUAUGAACUUAAUUCAAUAUCUGAAGGUGUCUGUGAGAAACUAGUAAAGGAGUCAGCUCCAGAAUGUAUUUCUCAUAAUAUGAAAUUCAUUACAAGGAUCUACCCGAAGAGCACGAGAGCUUCAUCUUCCAAUUUUAAUCCUCAGAUGUUUUGGAAUGUAGGAUGUCAAAUGGUGGCGUUAAACUUUCAGACUCCUGGAAUUCCCAUGGAUUUACUAGUUGGGAAAUUCAAUGACAAUGGAGGCUGUGGCUACAUCUUAAAACCAGAAUUUCUACGAAAUCCAAAACUCAUGUUCAAUACCUACAACCUUCCCCGCAGCAUUAAACCAAUCACCCUCUCCAUUAAGAUUAUCAGUGGGUUCCUGCUGCCGCCAUGCAGUCUGUCUGUCAGUAAUACCGCCGACUCUUUGGUUUCUGUUGAGAUUUUCGGCGUUCCAGCUGACCAGUCCAAAAAACAAACACAAGUCACAAAGAACAAUGCUUUUAACCCUCGUUGGAACCAACCCCUGACAUUCCACGUUCACGUGCCAGAGCUGGCGAUGAUCCGAUUCUGUGUGGAGGAUCAGUUAUCGCUGGUUUCUAAUGAAUUCCUCGGACAGUACACAUUGCCCUUAACGUGUAUGAGUAAAGGUUUCAGACAUGUCCCUCUGCUCAAUAAACAUGGUCAAACACUGGUCCCUGCAUCCUUGUUUGUUCACGUUUGGUACCACUGAAGCCUCCAAUGCCACUUUUACGUAGAUCUUCUUUGGAGCUUUACUGAGAUCUAACCUGGCAUCCUAACUAGACCCAUAAUGAAAACUGAACGAAUCCCUUUCAUGGACUUCUCCGAGUUCCAAUUAGCCAUUGAAUAAA